AUGCCUAUCCUGGAAAAGGUCCCCCAAAAGACGCCUGCAGAAGCUUCUAGCUGUGAGGAGGCGCUGGACUUACCUAAAUUGCCAGUGCCCCCACUGCAGCAAACCCUGGCCACCUACCUGCAAUGCAUGCGGCACCUCGUACCUGAAGAGCAGUUCAGGAAGAGCCAGGCCAUUGUGAAGAGGUUUGGGGCCCCUGGUGGCCUGGGUGAGACUCUGCAGGAAAAGCUCUUGGAGAGACAGGAGAAGACAGCCAAUUGGGUCUCUGAAUACUGGCUGAAUGACAUGUAUCUAAACAACCGCCUGGCCCUGCCAGUCAACUCUAGCCCUGCUGUGAUCUUUGCUCGGCAGCACUUCCAAGACACCAAUGACCAGCUAAGAUUUGCAGCCAGUCUCAUCUCUGGUGUGCUUAGCUACAAGGCUCUGCUGGACAGCAACUCCCUUCCCACUGACUGGGCCAAGGGGCAGCUCUCAGGGCAGCCCCUCUGCAUGAAGCAGUACUACAGACUCUUCUCCUCUUACCGGCUUCCUGGCCAUACCCAGGACACACUGGUGGCCCAGAAGAGCAGCAUCAUGCCUGAGCCUGAGCAUGUCAUUGUGGCCUGCUGUAACCAGUUCUUUGUCUUGGAUGUUGUCAUUAAUUUCCGCCGUCUCAGUGAGGGUGAUCUGUUCACUCAGUUGAGAAAGAUAGUCAAAAUGGCGUCCAACGAGGAUGAACGCCUGCCUCCAAUCGGCCUGCUGACGUCAGACGGGAGGAGCGAGUGGGCCAAGGCCAGGACGGUCCUCUUAAAAGACUCCACCAACCGGGACUCCCUGGACAUGAUCGAGCGCUGCAUCUGCCUGGUUUGCCUGGAUGGUCCGGGUACUGGAGACCUCAGUGACACGCACAGAGCCCUCCAGCUCCUUCACGGUGGAGGCUGCAGCUUGAACGGAGCGAAUCGUUGGUACGACAAGUCCCUGCAGUUUGUGGUGGGCCGAGAUGGCACCUGCGGUGUGGUGUGUGAGCACUCCCCUUUUGAUGGCAUCGUCCUGGUGCAGUGCACGGAGCACCUGCUGAAACAUAUGAUGACGAGCAACAAGAAGCUGGUUCGAGCUGACUCAGUGAGCGAGCUCCCGGCCCCCAGAAGGCUGAGGUGGAAAUGUUCCCCAGAAACUCAAGGCCAUCUCGCCUCCUCAGCAGAGAAACUUCAAAGAAUAGUAAAGAAUCUGGAUUUCAUUGUUUAUAAGUUUGACAACUACGGAAAAACAUUUAUUAAGAAGCAGAAAUGUAGCCCCGAUGGCUUCAUCCAGGUGGCCCUCCAGCUGGCCUACUACAGGCUUUACCAGAGGCUGGUGCCCACCUAUGAGAGUGCAUCCAUCCGCCGCUUCCAGGAAGGUCGGGUGGACAACAUCAGAUCGGCCACUCCAGAGGCUCUGGCUUUCGUGCAAGCCAUGACUGACCACAAAGCUACCAUGCUGGCUUCUGAGAAACUGCAGCUGCUGCAGACAGCCAUCCAGGCCCAGACUGAGUACACAGUCAUGGCCAUAACCGGCAUGGCGAUUGACAACCACCUUCUGGCACUGAGGGAGCUGGCCCGAGACCUGUGCAAAGAGCCUCCUGAGAUGUUCAUGGAUGAAACAUACCUGACGAGCAACCGGUUUGUUCUCUCCACCAGCCAGGUGCCCACAACCAUGGAGAUGUUCUGCUGUUAUGGCCCCGUGGUCCCCAAUGGGUAUGGAGCCUGCUAUAACCCGCAGCCUGAGGCCAUCAUCUUCUGCAUCUCCAGCUUUCACAGCUGCAAAGAAACCUCCUCUGUGGAGUUUGCGGAAGCAGUGGGAGCAAGCCUUGUUGACAUGAGAGACCUCUGCAGUGCGUGGCAGCCUGCUGAAGGCAAGCCACCAGUGGCAAAGGAAAAAGCUAGAGGCCCAACCAAGCCAAGCAAUCUUGACGCCGCCGGUCACUAGCCCAGCCUUCUACAACAGUCAGACCCUACUAAGCCCUGCUCCCAUCCCCCACCCCAGCUUGUUGUUGCUCCUGUAUCCUGGGGAGAUAGAGAGAGAAAGAGCCCCUCAUUAUUUAUCAAGGUGGCCUCUGGCUUUUACAACUGGAAAUGAGACCCAGCCUGGCUUGGAAGCAGCCUGGGUGAGCUGGGAGCCCCCCUCUGAGGUCUUCAGUGACACCCAGUGGUGCACAUGGUAGCUCUGCCCAGUGGAAGAAUGGUCAUCUCAUCGCAUGCUGUGGGUCCAAAUAAGUCAUGAAGGCAGAGGCUAGCUCUGGGUCAUUGCCUGCCACUGUCCCUCCACACACUCACAUGCACACAGAGCCCGAGUUCGUUUCGAAUACAGUGGCCUGCACCUGCAAAGACAUUUCUUCUUUUAUCUUCCAUAGCACAGUCUUCCUUGAGUUCAGAUUAUCUCAUGCAGCUAUUCAGAAAGAAAGA